CUGGCAGAGCUGUUUUUGUGCAUUCUUUGUUUUAAAAGACAUAUAUAUAUUUAUAAUUUCCAAAACUAAUCCGCAAAUGACGAGUGCCACACACAUAAGCAGAAUAAUAAAUAAAGGAUUAGCUGGACUAAUGGCUAAUGCAACAUCAAGCAUGCGCUGUGGACAGAAAUUUGCGCAGGACUCGCAGCCGUUUACGGUGCUGAUCGAGGGAAAUAUUGGCAGCGGAAAAACAACAUUUCUGAAUCAUUUUCAGAAGUAUAAGGACGACAUCUGCCUUAUUACCGAACCCGUGGAGAAAUGGCGCAACUUGAAAGGCGUCAAUUUACUUGAUAACAUGUACAAAAACCCGGAAAUGUGGGCCAUGCCCUUUCAGUCUUACGUCACACUGACAAUGCUGCAAGCGCACACUGCACCCACCGACAAAAAAAUGAAAAUCAUCGAACGCUCCAUUUACAGCUCGCGUUUUUGCUUUGUGGAAAACAUGUACCGCAAUGGAACCUUGGAGAAAGGCAUGUACAACACAUUGCAGGAAUGGUACAAAUUCAUUGAAUCUUCAAUACACGUGCAAGCUGAUUUAAUUAUAUAUCUGCGUACCUCUCCCGAGGUGGUGCACGAGCGCAUACGCCAACGUGCGCGCUCUGAGGAGACUUGUGUGCCUUUGAAGUAUCUGCAGGAGUUGCAUGAACUGCAUGAGGAUUGGCUUAUACAUCAACGUCGUCCACAGCAGUGCAAGGUUUUUGUGCUGGAUGCUGACUUGAAUCUGGAGAACAUAGGUAGCGAAUACCAGCGCUCGGAGGCUAGUAUCUUCGAUGCCAUCUCUGCCACACACCAACCUUCGGCGGUCUUUGUGUCGCCCAGCAAACGUCAAAGACUGUCUAGCUAACCAGUUUGAGACUUACUAAAGAUACUUUGCUGCAAAUAUUUUAUAGAUCCUUCAAUUAUGAAUUAAGUUAGUUAAAUGAGCAUUUUAGAGGAAUUUGUAUUUCACAAUGAGCGUUUAUUUGUAUUUUAAAAUCGUGUUACAGCUGCAUUAUGCUAAUUUCAUGUAAACACAAUUCUUAACCAUUAUAAUUCAUAUUAUAUUCUAUUCCAAUAAC